AAUAAAUCAUGUGAAUAGGCUUCAGUGCACAGAUUUCAAACCAUACAUGCAUGUGUAAUGAGCCAGUGCCACGAAAACAUGUUAUUUUGUUGUUGAGGGUGAAUAUAAAAUAUACGCCUACACCCUGGUAAGACUAAAAAUAUCAAAACUUUACUCCUCCAAAUACGACUCGUCAGGAAAGCAUGCAGUUUAGGCUACAGAUUAAAGUAAUUAUGAUGAACUUCACAGAGUGGUGAAAGUGCAUGGUAGUGCAUCUGUAGAGUUGAAAAUUAGAUGGAAACCCAUUUAACUUGUAUUUUUUAUUCAGAAAAUGGGAAUUUAACAGCAAAUUGUAUUUUUACGCACAGUAUUUUAUCUGCAACAAAUCAAUUUGGUGGGAAAAUGCGCACAUUGUUUUUAUGCGGAUUUUGGAAUAUUCGCAUGAUAAUCUGUCACCAAUUGGAUGGAAACCUAGCUAGUGAUGCAAAACUGAAAAAAUAAUAAUCAAAUAGAACCACGUGCAUUUUUGUAGGCCUAUAUGGUAUGAUAUCAUAAUCUAGUGCAGAAAGGUUUUAUGACUAUGUUAUUGUCAUUAGAUUGUGCCUUUAGGUUGUAGAGAAGAUAAGUGUCCUACACAUAACCUAAAAAUAGUAAUUUAGCUACCUAACAACAAUAUAGUCCUAUUGUUACUAAUUUAAAUUCCUCACUUAGCUAAUAAAAUAGUCCUAAUAAUAUAAUUAGUUGAAAUGGCAUCAACACUUGGCAUCACAUUUAAAUCCUCAAGUAUUGUAGGCCCUUAUGGAAAGAGGUUACAUUAUGGUAAACAAAGGUACAGUGUGUAGUUUCUACAGCAGUCUUUCAACUUGCAAUAGAAGUAUGUGUAGCCUAAUUAUGAAUGUGUUUGUUUAUUUGUUAGUUUUUUGGCAAAUGUGUGGAAUUCGUUGAAAUAAAAUAUGAAUACUGGGAGUUGUAGUAUAGCGUUUAGAAAGAUGGCCACUGGUGCAUACUGGGAGUUGUAGGCUUCACACUGACUCCACCCAUUCCUGUUAAAACAGGAAAUAGAGAAUAAAUGAUGGAAGCCAAAGCAGGGAAUAUUAACGUUUUAAAAAGGACUUAAAAGGGAGCCAGUAUAUGGUUGCUAUGGAGAUGGCUGCUGAAGACAUAGUGAUUCAGGAGACCGUGGGGGCAGAGGUGGAGCUACUGGAGGAUGUGAACAAAGCCCACAAGCAGAGUCCACCGGACAGGGAACACUCUGAAAAUCCCAACUUUAUUUCUACUCCUGUACACUUGGAGAUCCCCAGGGUUUCUGUGCCACGCCCGUUCUCCAUGCCAGAGGACUCGAGUGACGAUGACUGUGACCUGUCAGGGGACAGCGUCUCUGCUUACGGCAUGCAUUCCAUGGAGCUGGGGGGAAAGUGCUGGGAAUGUGGCGUGCAAUUCAAGUCUGGCCAGGAGUUGAUCGAACACUUUGAGAGCCACAGGUCCAAGGUCUCAACGUCCUGCAACAUAUGUCGGGUGACUUUCACUCGCACAGUAUCACUGGCCAUGCACCUAGUCAACGCACACCCAAACUCAGUCCUCCAUUGCAGCAACUGCCAGCUGCAUUUCAGCAACUUGUGGGAUCUCAACAAGCACAUAGGAAUACACUUGUUCACCGAGCUGUUAAAUACACCCCUUGAGGACAUCUCAAAUAAUCGCUUGAAUAGCAGUGAAGAGACUUUAAAGGGACAGUAUACUCUACCUUCAGCCUUGGCCCUCAAACAUGAGGACAACUCAAAUGAUGGCUUGAAUGGCAGUGAGGAGACUUUAAAGGGACAUUAUACUGUACCUUCAGUGGUGGCUCUUGACCAUGAGGACACCUCAAAUGAUGGCUUAAAUGGCAGUGAGGAGACUUUAAAUGCACAGUGUACUCUACCUUCAGCAGUGACCCUAGACCAUACGUAUAGCAUGGAAAGCAAUGGGAGAAUGACAAAGACAAGACAUAGGCUGGAGGAGGAGGAAGAUGUCAAACCAGACCCUUCCACUCUGACCCUAGGCCCCUCCAUUCUGACUCCCUCACUGAGGAUCCGUGUCAAACUGGAGAGAGGGGUUGAGGUUGAUGGCGCCCCCCUCCAGUCGGAUGAGGGUAUCAGCGAUGGAGAGGGUGGUGAACAUAGCGAAGACACUGAGAGCGCUGGAGGAACAGACAACGACAGGUUAACAGAGAGCAGCGGAGAAACGGAUAUCGAUGAGGAGGAUAUCAGGCUGAGUGAAGAAGAGGAGGAAAUGAAAAGCAAACAGGGGGAGGAUAGGAAGAAUGACAUCCAGAGCAAAAAAGAGGAUGAGGAUGCUGAGAUGCUGAUUGACCAAGAUGGUGAGCCCUCUUCGUCUGAGCGGGAGUCAGAAUUUGACCCAGAAGAGUUAUCAGAUUCUGACUCGGGGUCCAGCAGCACUGGGGAAUCCAGUGGGUCUUCUUACACUCCUGUACGCACACGGAAAGCCAAGACCCAGCCAUCCCGGAGUAAGCUGCCCCAGACCAAGUUGUCCCAGGUCAAGCCUUAUUAUUGCAUCUAUUGCACCAAAGGACCAUAUCAUAAUAUGGACUUUCAUGUGAAGACCUGCAAUAUGAAGGGCUUUCAAUGCUCUUUAUGCCAAGCUGUCUUCCCUACCGAGAUGGCCAUGUUGGACCAUGAGGUUCGGACUCACUCUGAAGCCAUAUCGGGCCAAAUGUACACCUGUGAGUUCUGCCGUCAGGUCUUCCCCGAUCUGGCCAUCUACAAAAACCACAACUGUCCCAAAAAAGACACAUCCUCCCCAUAUGUCCCUGAUCCUACUAUGGGUAUCCAUUGUGGAACAGGGCCAUUCACUAAUAUGGACGUUCAUUUGAGAGGCUGCAGUUGGAAAGGUCUUAGAUGCACUGAGUGCAGAGUACUCUUCCAUAAUAGGAAGGCCCUGCAGAACCAUAACGUUUCGGUUCACGGACAACUUUCCACUAUGUGUGCUGUUUGCGGCAGAGGGCCAUUCACUGAUAUGGACUUCCAUUUGAGGAGCUGCUCUAGGGAUUGGUCCUUCCAAUGCUCUGAGUGCAAAGUCCAAUUUCCUUCUGAGAAAUCCCUGGUGGACCAUAAUCUUCAAUAUCACAGUGCCACAUCAAAGACCUCUGACCAAGGUGUCUGUGUCUAUUGCGGCAGUGGACCAUUCUAUAGUCUGGACAUCCACAUGAGGACCUGCUCUAAGCAGAAGGGCUUAAAAUGCUCUGUGUGCAAAGUUUUUUUCCCUACUGAAUCGGUCCUGGCUGAUCAUAUGGUUUGCUAUCACAGCACCCCAUACCAUGUCCAUAGAACCCCAUGCCAAGUCCAGAGCAUCCCAUACCAAGUCCAGAGCACAGACUCAGAGACCCCUGAAGGUACCUGUCUCCAUUGUGGCAGAGGUCCAUUCACUAGUCUGGUUAUCCACUUGAGGACCUGCUCUGGGAAGAAGGGCUUCAAAUGCUUUGUUUGCAACGUUUUUUUCCCUACAGAGACAGCCCUGGCCGACCAUAAGGUUCUCGUUCACAGUAUCCCAUCAGAGACCCCUGACAAAGGUACCUGUGACCAUUGUGGCAAGGGGCCAUUCACUAAUCUGGACAACCACAUGAAGACCUGCUCUAAGAGGAAGUGCAUCCAAUGUUCUGUGUGCAAGUUUUUCUUUCCUAGUGAUGUCCUGGCCAACCAUAUGAUUUCCUAUCACAGUACCAAAUCCCGAGUUCAGAGCCCAGUCACAGAGACGCCUGACAAAGGUGCCUGUGUCCAUUGCGGCAGAGGGCCCUUCACUAGUCUGGAACAUCACAUGAAGUACUGCAAUAAGCAGAAGGGCAUCCAAUGUGUUAUGUGUAAAGCUUACUUUCUUACUGAGGGCAGUCUGGUGGACCAUAUUGUUUUGGCUCACGCUGACAAGCUGGUCGCCCAAGCUGGUGGGUCCUCCGCUACAACUUUCUCCUUCGUACCCAUGGCUAUCUCUACCACCUCAGGCCAGCAGAGCCCCAGUAGCUCCACCCUGAUGUGUUACAGUAGUGGCAAUAAGGAGCUGAAACGACUGGCCCCAGUCCCCGUGGCUGAUCAGGGCCCCAGUGCAGUUGGCCUGCUAACACCUUCUGGACAGUCUACUGUGUCUCUGCCUAGAGUAAUGCUGUCUACCACCACCUCUUCCCAGCCAGCUGUUCCUGUGGUGGCCACCUUGCUCUUUGACAACACUGGUGGUGGUCCAGGGAAAAUGGCCAGGCUGGUCCCAGUGGCCCCACAGACCAACCCUCCCAAACCGCAUGUCACGGCACACACGCAGACUAACACGGCAAAGCCCCUUGGGCAGUUCUCUAACCUUCUGCAACAGACUGUCCAUCAGGCACAACCUGUCCAACAGCAGACACCCAGGCCCACUGCCCUAGCCAUGGACCCUAUCAGAUCCCCCACCACCCCAUCCCCUAGACCUGUCUCAGCCUCUGCCCCGGGGAAAAUCACCAUGAUCCGCCUCUCACCUGUCCCUACCCCCCCUCUAGCUCAGUCUUCCCCCCUUACCCUUGCCUUUGCCCCAGUCCCUCUAAGCAUCAUGUGUAUGUUUGUGAAUAGAAGUAAGGAGCUGGCCCUGGAGAAACGCAUGAAGAUGAGCUGGCGCUCCAAGGGCACCUACACCUGCCGCCACUGCGGCGCCAUCUCGCAGCAGCCCUCACUCAGUGUGAAGCACCGCUACCUCCACCGGGGCUCCCGGCGGUACCGCUGCCACUGUGGUAGGUCGUUCCUGCGGCGGCUGCACCUCCUGCGCCACUACCUCCAGCACGCCCAGGCCACCCGCUACAUAUGCACUGCCUGCGGGGAGACCUUUGACGGGGCAAAGUGCCUCGCACAGCACAUGGUUGGAGCUUCCAACACAACUAGAUGUCCAGGUGACAGCAUAACUUUGAAGCUGAGGAAAGAGUGCCGGAUGCCCUUCUCUUGUCACUGUGGGCAGGUGUUUUGUAGGCCCGCUGCUUUUCUCUGGCACAAACUGAAAAACACCCAAAGGACUUAACACUGAAAUGGGCCUACAGCAGGGCCCAGUCUAUUCAAAACAGGGGGUUUUCCAUGGCUCACACACAGGCAAGCCUAUCAUUUACUAUGCUUAGGGAUAGAGGAGGACAAUGCAGGUUGUGGACUUGUUUGACUUUUUUCACUGUGAAUGAAAGAUGAUUCCUUAUGAAAUAAUCGGUAUGUAUUGGUUUAAAAAGUGUUGUCACUUCCACUAAAACAUUCUGUUUUCAUCAAAAGACCAAAAAUACAAUCAUAUUAAAAUUA